CCAAAUUCAUGUACUAAAGAUACCCUUUACCUAUAUCACCCUAUGUUCCCAUCUAUAAAGAUACCAUUGAAUUUUCCAAGGCCUUGACCUAUAUGCAUAUGUUCCUUAAACCUUAAGAACAGAUCAUCAGCUACCCUUCCUUGAAUUAUAUAUAGAAGAACAUUUCCAGAUAUAUCAUCCUUACAGUUCAAUCCCUUUCAAAACCUUUGUCGAAGACGCGUUUUCGACUAUCACGUUCAAUCAGAUCAUUUAAUAUUGCAAGCAAGAGUGUUAUUGUGCAACAUAGGGGAAUUCAGGUAUGGCAUAUGAGAAAGAUCUUAACCUUGAGGCUACCGAGCUCCGAUUAGGCCUACCGGGCACCUCUGAGGAGUCAGCUGAGAAGCAAACAUCUGCAACUCUUAGGAGCAACAAAAGAGCCUUGCCUGAUAUGAAUGAAGGAUCUGUGUCUGGUGAUAACCAUUCUAAUGUUGCAGCUGCUAAAAAAUGUGACCAAGAAACUGCCUCACCCACCAAGGCACAAGUUGUAGGGUGGCCACCGAUCAGAUCUUACAGAAAAAAUUGCCUCCAGCCAAAGAAAACAGAGGCUGAAACUGCUAGGAUCUACGUCAAAGUUAGCAUGGAUGGAGCUCCUUAUCUCAGAAAGAUAGAUUUGAAGGGGUACAAGGGAUACCCAGAAUUGCUUAAGGCCCUGGAAGACAUGUUCAAGUUCAAAGUUGGUGAAUAUUCAGAGAGGGAAGGAUACAAUGGUUCAGAAUUUGUGCCUACUUAUGAAGAUAAAGAUGGUGAUUGGAUGUUGGUUGGAGAUGUACCAUGGGAAAUGUUCACCAAUUCCUGCAAAAGGCUGAGGAUCAUGAAAGGAUCAGAAGCAAGAGGGUUGGGCUGUGUUGUAUGAAAAAAAAAAAUAGCCCAUAAAUUGACAGAUUCAGAGCCACUUUGCAAGUGAUGAAGAAUGAAAUCCAUUGCUCUCAUGAAGAGAGAAGAUCAAACCCUUCAGCUUCGGCUAUCCAAGAAGAAAUUAAGAUCCAAAAAGCUUUCUCCUUUGUUGAUUUAGCAACAGAGAAGUUUAAUACUAGGAUUUUGUCCGAGGCAUACGAGAAAAAAAAAGAAAAAACAUUUUCAUGUAUAGUUUGGCAUGUUCUUUCCUUUUGGAAUUUGUGCAAAGGAAAAUAUAUGAAGUUCAUAGCAAGGUUUUCCCUUUUGUUUUCCAUAUAUAUGUAAAUGAUAAAUAAAAUCCCCCUUUAUA